GUAAAUUUGUUAAUUUCGAUUAUCAUAGACUGAGAAUUCAUAAGAACCAUAUGGCAAUUUGUUUUGGUUGUUGGAAACUCGUAAAAAUUGAUGAUGUAAUGUCUAAAAAAUCAUUCCAUUUUACUAGAGAAAG